AAUUGAACAAUCAGUAGUUCUUUGUUUGAGCACCAGCCAAAUCUUAAGAAUUUGCAGAAGGAAAUAAUGAAUUUCUUGUCCGAAGUCUGCAAAUUCUUACUCCUGAGUCCUUCACAGUUCAUGUAAUGCCACUAGUUGGGGAUCAGAGACUCAUCGUACUAGCAUUUCACCAUUGAACUCGAAACAUAGAACUCAACAAACUCUCUGUCACCAUGCGUGUUAGUAAACGUACAUUAUGUUCUAAUAUAUCGAAAAAGGAUGCUGUUUAGAGAGUAUAAGGAACCUGCAGACAAAGAAAGAGUAGCAACUACUCAUAUAUCUUUAUUUUUCUUCAAAGCUAUCUACUCUUAAGUUAAAUAAUUCGAAGAUGGUGUAUACGUAAAGAGAAUCUGUUGGAAGAAAUUUUAUAAGUGGGUAACCUUGUCUCACUUCACGUGUUCACAAACACACAAGCACAACAGUUCAAAACUGCACAGUCCCUCAGGCCUUAUCUCUGUUUACAAAUUCAAGAGCUACACCGCCAUUUUCGAUGCAGAAAAUCUAUUUCAGCUUGUAUAUUUUCUGUAUUUACUUAAAUUCCUUUGUGUCAAGUGCAGCAGUAGAAUUGCAUGUUUCAGAUGAUCAAGUGGUGAUGUAUAACGACUUCCUUCAACUCACAUUUACGAAGCCAGCAGGUCACAUCAUUGGAAUUCAAUAUAAUGGAAUCGACAAUUUGCUAGAGCUUCACAAUCCAGAGUUGAAUGGAGGGUUCUGGGACCUUAAUUGGAGUGACCCUGAAAGUACACAAACAAGAGGAAAAUUUGAUAUGAUAAACGGAACAAACUUUGAGAUUAUUCUGCAGAAUGAAGAACAGGUAGAACUCUCAUUCAAAAGAACAUGGGAUUCGUCAUUCGAGGAUGAGCAUUCCCCUCUAGAGAUUGAUAAAAGGUUCAUUAUGCUGUCUGGUUCUUCAGGCUUCUACUCUUAUGCCAUAUACGAACAUCGAGAGGACAUGCCUUCCUUCAGCCUCAAUGAAGCAAGGCUGGUGUUUAUGCUCACGAAAGAAAAGUUUCACUACAUGGCAAUGGCAGAUAAUAGACAAAGAUUCAUGCCUCUUCCAGAUGACAGAUUACCAGGAAGAGGUCAAGAAUUGGCCUAUCCAGAAGCGGUCCUCCUUGUUAACCCUGUGGAGCCAGAAUUCACAGGCGAGGUGGAUGACAAGUACCAAUACAUGUGUGAAAACAAAGAUAAUAAGGUCCAUGGGUGGAUAUCUCUUGACCCGCUUGUAGGAUUCUGGCAAAUCACACCCUCUAAUGAGUUCAGAACAUGCGGACCUCUCAAACAGGACUUAACCUCUCAUGUCGGCCCCGUGAAUCUUGCUAUGUUUGUAAGUGCUCAUUACGGGGGUGUGGAUGUAGUGCUCAACUUCAAAUCUGGUGAACCAUGGAAGAAAGUCUUCGGGCCUGUUUUCAUUUUUCUUAACACCAGUUCAGAUAAGGAGAAUGCUGUUCCAGUACUCUGGGAAAAUGCCAAAGAACAGAUGAGAACUGAAGUCCAAAGCUGGCCGUACCAUUUCCCAUUGUCAGAAGACUUCCCACAGUCUGAUCAAAGGGGUAGUAUCAGCGGCACCUUACUAGUUGAUGACAGCUAUGUCAGCAACGACCAUAUACUUGCAGUUGGUGCUCACGUAGGAUUAGCUCCACCUGGAGAAGUCGGAUCAUUUCAAAGAGAAGGCAAGGGCUACCAGUUCUGGACCAACACAAAUGAUGAAGGCCACUUCCAUAUUGAGAAUAUCCGCCCCGGAGUUUACAAUCUUUAUGCAUGGUUCCCUGGUUUUAUUGGUGAUUUCCGAUGGGAAAAACUCAUUACAGUAACACAAGGUGGAAGCAUUGAUGUAGGCACACUAGUCUACAAACCUCCAAGAGAUGGACCUACCUUGUGGGAAAUCGGCACUCCUGAUCGCUCUGCUGCUGAAUUUUUUGUUCCUGAUCCCGAUCCAAAAUAUAUAAAUAAACUCUACGUCAAUCAUCCUGACAAGUUCAGACAGUAUGGUUUGUGGGAGAGAUACGCAGACCUAUAUCCGGAUAAAGACUUGGUCUACACAGUUGGUAUUAGCCAGUAUCACAAAGAUUGGUUCUAUGCUCAGGUGACUAGGAAAGUUGAUAAUGACCUGUAUACUGGAACUACAUGGCAAAUUAAGUUUCAACUUGAAAAGGUUGAUCAAGCCGGAGUCUACAAACUUCGACUGGCUCUUGCAUCAGCAACGUUCUCCAUAUUAGAGGUACGAGUGAACGAUGAAGAGGCGAAUCCACCAGUCUUCUCAACUGGUUCAAUAGGAAAGGACAAUGCAAUUGCUCGACAUGGAAUUCAUGGACUUUACUGGUUGUUCAAUGUGGAUAUACACUCCACUCAACUUUUCGAAGGUGAAAAUACCAUAUUUUUAAAGCAAGCAAACGGAAGUAAGUUUCAGUUCGGGGUUAUGUACGAUUACAUUCGUUUAGAGGGCCCUGCAUUGUCCUCGGAAAAUUGAAAAUACCCUGCUGAUAUCUUUCCAUUGUCAGUAAUAAUCAUCCAUGACUUCUGUUAUUCAUAUAGUUUCUGCUUCAGUAGCUUUUCAAAAACUAG